GUCAUGGAACCCAGUUACAGGGCUUUGGUAAUUCAGCCCUGUAACUGGGAGUCAUAACAUAAACAAUCCCAGGAGCACCUGGCAGAAGAAGAUAGAAUAUGCCUGGGAACUUGGGGCCGAAAGUAUAAACAAUUAUAAUUGGUUUAGUGUGUGAAAAUGGUAGUAAUGUGAUAUUGGGGGUGGGACUUGAUGAUGAUAUUUACGUGUGGUGUUACGUAGCAUCAAAAGUUAUAAAAAUAGUUGUAUGUAAACAUUGGGUCAUUCCUGACUUUUCCAAAGUCAUGUGUUCUUCAAUAAAGAUUGGAUUUGAGAGCAGCCAUCUCUGAUCUGCGUUCAGACUGAUCCUUUGAAGUGAGCAGGACAAUUAAGUCAGGAAUUCCAGUUCUCACCCUCCUGCAAAUUUGCAGUGAAGUGAUAAUGAGCAGGGAAGGAGAUCAAAGCCAUGACGGAGCAAAGGGGCCUCCGCUGGGAGCUCUGCCGUUGGCAGAAGAGACAUUGCAAGCCAUAGCUUCCUCUACGGGGUACCCCAAGCCGGACGGCGUGACCCAGAGGAUUCCCAGAGGGGGAAGAGGCGUUCCGGCGGCGGCAGAAACCAGUUGGGGAUCUGGAGGAAGCAUGCCGGAGACCGUGGCCCUGCGGUUAUCCAUCCUGGAAACUCAUUUAUCCAGGCUGUCGGAUACCGUGGGGAGAAUAGUGCCAAUAUUGGAAGAGAAUCUCCAAAAAGAGCACAUCCGAUAUGGCGCCGAGAGAGAGCCAAGCAAAGGAGGCGAUUGGAGCCAGAGGGGACAGCGAGCUUCAACGCAGAGUCCCGCGGCGGCAAGGGACGAGGGAGACGAGGAAUAUUGGCAGGAGCUGGAGUUCAGAGACAGAAUGGCACGCGAAGUGGAGCGCCAGCGAGCUCUGGGAACUCUGAGGCCGCCAUCUCCAACAGAGCUCCCAACCCCCCGGAUGGGCGUCGGGGUGGAAAGACCACUGGGGCCAGGGAUCGGGUCCAGUGGAUUAGCAGACGAAGGCGGAGAGGAGCAGGAGAUCCAGGAAGAGGAGGAGGAUGUGCAGUACGACGGGGAAAGGCGAGAUGCGGGGGCUACAGCGAGGCCAGUAUGCGGAUGGGGGGAAGGGCCGACAGCGGCGGCAGGAUUUCGGGAGCCGCGCAGAAUGACCACCGGAGUGGGGCGCGGCGUGAUCCAAGGAAACCCGAUGCAACCCUUCCCCAUGCCUCCCAGACAGCAUCAACGGGCCGCUGAAUGGAUGCCAAGAAGGGAAGAUCUCAAGCUAGAAUACGGAGGGGAAUCAGCCGAACUGAACUUUUUUCUAAUUAGCAUCAGGGGAUACAUGGAAGACAAUGCACACACAUUCCCCUCCGAAGCAAGCAGGGUUCGGGCCAUCGGCAACACACUAAAGAGAGGAGCGGCCAGCUGGUAUGUGCAACUACAUGCCAGACAGGACCCAUGCCUGAGGUCAGUGCCCCGCUUCCUCGCCGCACUGGAAAACCGGUUCAGAGACCGGCUAGAGCAAUUGAGAGCUCGAGACCAGCUUAGAGGAAUAAAGCAGAGGGACAAAACGGUGCCCGAGUACGCAGAGGAAUUCCUCCACCUCGCGGAAAGGGUACCAGAGUGGUCUGAAGUGACCAAAGUGGAAUUAUUUAAAGAGGGACUACGCCCCGAGAUUUUCAGCUGGGCAGCGCACAGAGAUGACCCCGAAACGCUCCAGGGAUGGAUUCAACUAGCGGGGCGCGUUGAAUCCACCCUGGCCCAAGUAAAGCGCUUCAGGAGCAGCGGCGGCCAGCAAAGACCGGUGGCGAGAGGUCGAGGAGAAACGAGGAAGCAGGAAAGACCCGGAGGGAGGCCGGGGAUUCCCUCCAGAGGAGACGACAACAAACCUAAACCGGGAUGCUUUGUAUGUGGGAAGACGGGCCAUCGAGCAGCAGAAUGCUGGGCACGGAAGGGGGAGCCGCCAAAACCCUCAAAGCCCAAGCCAGCAACCGGGAGGCGUGCGGAGGAGGAGGUGCGAGCCCCAGAAUCUUCAGAAAAAUUGGCUUGUGAUGAAAGAAGAACCGAAGAGGAGGACGAAGAAAAGGAGGGCACCAUGUCAUGGAACCCAGUUACAGGGCUUUGGUAAUUCAGCCCUGUAACUGGGAGUCAUAACAUAAACAAUCCCAGGAGCACCUGGCAGAAGAAGAUAGAAUAUGCCUGGGAACUUGGGGCCGAAAGUAUAAACAAUUAUAAUUGGUUUAGUGUGUGAAAAUGGUAGUAAUGUGAUAUUGGGGGUGGGACUUGAUGAUGAUAUUUACGUGUGGUGUUACGUAGCAUCAAAAGUUAUAAAAAUAGUUGUAUGUAAACAUUGGGUCAUUCCUGACUUUUCCAAAGUCAUGUGUUCUUCAAUAAAGAUUGGAUUUGAGAGCAGCCAUC